AUGGCUGCAGAUUUUGUUGCUCCUCAACUCAAACUUGCUAUCUGUGCAAUUCUGGUGCUACCAUUCUUAAUCACAACAGCCAUUGCUGCUGAUAUAUUCCUUGAUUGGCACGUUUCCACCGACUUCAAUUUAAAACCUGUUUCUACUGAUCAACCUGUAAUAACAAUCAAUGGCAUGUUCCCGGGACCCCUUAUAAAUGCAACAACAAAGGAUGUUAUUCAUGUCAAUGUUUUCAAUCAUUUGGAUGAUCUCUUGCUGUUUACAUGGAAUGGCAUACAACAAAGGCUUGAUUCAUGGGAAGAUGGUGUGUCUGGAACAAACUGCCCCAUCCAACCUGGCACCAAUUGGACUUAUACUUUCCAUGCCAAAGACCAGAUUGGCACAUUCUCUUACUUUCCUUCCAUCAAUUUCCUUAAAGCUGGAGGAGGGUUUGGUCCAAUUCGAGUCAACAAUCGACCUGUCAUAAGUGUUCCUUUUCCAAAACCAGAGGCAGAGUUUGAUCUUCUAAUUGGUGACUGGCACAGCACCAGCUACAAGGAUGUUAGGUCCAGGUUUAAUACUACAGAUGUCCUUCACCCCGAUUGGAUGCUAAUAAACGGCAAAAGACCAUAUAUGAGAAACUUUUCCCUAUCAUACGAGACAUUCAAUGUUACACCAGGAAAAUCAUAUUUGCUUAGGAUAUCAAACGUAGGGACAACUUGGAGCUUCAAUUUCAGGAUUCAAGAUCAUCUAAUGGUAUUGGUUGAAACUGAAGGCUCUUAUGUCAAUCAAAUAGACUUGGAGUCUCUUGAUGUUCAUGUAGGCCAAUCCUACUCAGUUCUUGUCACAGCAAACCAAGAUGCUGCUGAUUACUACAUAGUGGCCUCUCCUAAAAUGAGUAAUGCCACAAACAAUAACACUCUCGUUGGCGUUGCUGUGCUUCAUUAUCAUAACUCUACCACACAAGCUAAUGGGUCUCUCCCAUGGGGUCCAGAUCCAUUUGAUCAGCAAUUUUCCAUCAACCAAGCAAAAUCCAUUAGGUGGAACCUGACCACUGGAGCUGCAAGGCCUAAUCCUCAGGGAACGUUCAAUGUUUCAAAUGUGACAAUAUCUGAGACUUUCAUUCUAAACGCGUCUGUAGCAACUAUUGAUGGGUUAUCUCGAUACGCUGUCAACAACGUGUCUUACUUGACCCCAGAUACUACUCCAUUGAAGCUAGCUGAUUACUUUUCAAAUGGAAGUGGAGUAUAUGAACUGGAUGCUUUUUCUAAGAACAGUUCAAAUGCAAAGGCCGUGUGUGGAGUUUUUGUUGCCAGUGCAUUGCACAAAGGGUGGACGGAGAUAGUGCUGAAAAACAGUUUAGACAUGAUUGAUACUUGGCAUUUAGAUGGAUAUAGUUUCUUUGUGGUCGGAAUGGGAGAAGGAGAAUGGAGUCUAGAAUCACGGCUAACUUAUAAUCUGUAUGAUCCUGUUGGUCGAUCGAGUGUGCAAGUGUACCCUGGAGGGUGGAGUGCAGUUUAUGUGUACCCUGACAACCCAGGAAUGUGGAAUCUGAGAUCACAGAACUUGCAAAGCUGGUAUUUGGGUGAAGAGCUCUAUGUGAGGGUUUAUGAUGCUGAUCCCAACCCUGCCAAAGAGAAGCCUCCUCCACCAAAUCUCCUUCUUUGUGGUUAG